UUGGAAUUUUACAGGUUUUUGUCAAAUUUACUGUUUGUUACAAAUAUUUUACGAUACGUUAUAACUAAUAGCCAUUACGGAACCAAACAGAGGCAUAAAUUUAUUUAAAAAAAAAAAAAACUCCCAUUAUAAAGCGAUAUACAAUAAGCGGUGGACAAACAGAGAUAGACUCUCUAUCGUAGACAUUUGUAAUAAUAUAAAAUAAAAGGAAGUUCAUCAGGAGCUAUUUUGUGCAACAAGACUCAGGAGCUCUGAAUAACGUUAAGUGAAACGAGAAACUAAGUUUGGAUAACUUUUACCAGCGUAUAUUUUUAUUCUUUAACAACAAAAACACAACUUUUUAUAAAGAUGGAGAAGAUGCCAGCAAAACAAUAUGAAAUGGGCAGUUCAACCUCCACCAAAUCAAUGCAGCCACAAAAAUUUUUGCAUUCAAAAAGAAUUGGGCAUAUGGACUCGUUUAGCAGACAUGAAAUGAUGUACGAUCCGCCUAGUAUGGAAAGCAAGUCAAUGCCACGGUCAAGUUACUUUAACUCGAGUAAACCCUGGCCGGAUCUAGAGAGCGAUGAAAGCGACAUGGAGAAUGAAAUAGAUAUUGAUAAUUUGCCACCGAUUGAAGUUGGACCGCAUGAACAUCGUUUGCAGUACACAUAUUGGUUAUGGUUUUCGCGCAAAGGGACACAUCGUGCGACGGACUACAGCAAAUCGUUGCGUGUAGUGGGACGUUGCGCGAGUGUCCAACAAUGGUGGUCACUGUAUUCGCACUUAAAACGUCCCACAGCCCUACACCCGUAUAGAGACUUGAGUCUCUUUAAACAAGGCAUUAAACCGAUGUGGGAAGAUCCGGCCAAUUCAAAAGGUGGCCAAUGGGUUAUACGAUUACGAAAAAAUCAAAUCGAUCGUGCGUGGGAAAAUGUGUGCAUGGCCAUGUUAGGUGAACAGUUUUUGGUGGGAGACGAAAUAUGCGGUGUCGUAUUAACAACAAGAUCUCCGGAAUGCAGUUUAUCAGUUUGGAAUCGCACUGCCACUGAUCAUGCCAGUACAACACGUAUUCGUGAUACGCUGCGUAGGAUAUUAAAUAUACCUGUUAGCGUGCCAAUGGAGUAUAAGAUACACUGUGAUAGCCUUAAAUAUGUAGCAAUUAGUAAAGGCCCCUUGAAAAGCUGAAAAUCAAUGAAUUCGCAUUAAAAAGAAAACAAAAGCCUAUAAAACAAUAUCAACGGAUAAUAAACAAGAGAAAAGAAGAAAGUGAGAGAAAAAGUGGGAGAAAACACCGAGCAAUCACAACACAAACAACAUAUAAAGGCAUAAACUCAACAUUACAAUGUGUGCAUAUGAAGACAUUGUAUAUAAAAAAGAAAUGAAAAAAAAAAAAGAAGGAAAUCCCGAGACA